AUGAUACUCAGGCUAGAUGGCAGUAGUAUUAAUUUGUCCUCUUUCUUCCGAUGCCUCCUACUGCAGGUUGUCCCCAGACUGACGCUGUUCGCGGUGUGGAAGGUGCCCGAGCUGGGGGCACGCGUGCUGGCGGUCGGGCUGUGCGCCUCUGCCUUCCGCCUGUGGUUCGCCCUGCCCCUGGGGCUGCACUGGCUCGUCAUGCUGGCCAUGAUGCUGAUUGUGGUCCCGGACCUGCACGAGUGUGUCGGGGUUCUGUUCGGGGGAAUCCUCGCAGCCGUGGAGACAUUCAGCGUCAACUUCUCCAUGACGACGACCUGGACCUUAGGGGUCAACCUCGUGCUGACCCUGGCAGGAAAUGUUGCCAUGGCAACGACCUGGUACGUCCUGGGAACCCAAGAGAACGGCUACGAGCUGCCCUGCCUGGUUGCCGUGGUAACGUGUUCUGUAGUCUCGGCAGUUCUAGGAGGGGUGUAUCUGAAGUUGUUUGGGGAGGUGAAGUUCUAGAGUGUUGUCAUGACAACGUAGAAACCACACGUAUUUUGAAGAGAACAAAUAUGUGCUAUGUAAUAUACUAUGUUUUAUUGACUUUUUGAACCCUGGAAAAUUAACUUUAAAGACAAGGGUAUACAAAACGUACCAGAAUGCAUCCCAUCUCCGCAAGAAAACUGAUAUGCGGCGAUAUCCAACCAAAACUGAUAUGCGGCGAAGAAGAAGAAGA